AUGGCAACAGCAACCCUCUGCCGCACCGCCCUCCGCCGCACCGCAGCACCCAUCACCCUGGGCCUCUCAACAGGCCUGCUCCUCGCCCACCGCCAGCACCACCGCCAUCCCAUCCGCCUCGAUGCCCUGCCCGCCUCCUCCUCCUCCUCGAGGCCAACCUCCCCCGUCACAGGGUCCGAGGACUGGCUGGACCCGGAGCUGAUCAGGCAGUUGUCCGGCGGGAGCCUGGCAGGAUUCCUCUCAGGCCUGCUCGUAAGCGUCUUCUCCAAGACCUUGGUCCUGCUCACGGGGCUGGCCAUCGUCACAGUGCAGGUUGCCUCGCGGUGGGGCGUCGACCUGCUCUCCGCCCUCAAGAUCCGGCAGCGCAUAGAGUCCUCGCGCGUCCUCUCGGCCCUCGAGAAGAACCCAACCUUCAAGCUGGCCUUUGGCACCACCUUUGCCCUCGCUGCGUUCAUGCAUUUUUAA